GACCACUGUAUAGCGACAUCUCUCAUUGUCGCGUCAUCGUUGAAUCGAGAAGUGUGAAGUUUCAUCAUUCAGCGUAAAUGUAUGUAUGUAAUUUCGAGUAAACCGUUAAAACUACUAAACGUAGCUGUAAAUAAGGGUACAGAAUAAAAAUCUUAUUUACAUUGUUUCUAUAAUUGAGAAAAUGAGUCGUAGAAGAGUUCACGAAGAAGAUGAUGGAUAUGAACGUGUUUAUAAAAAGCGAAGGCGUGUUUCUGAGAAUCAAGAGAUUGAAGAUCGUUUAGAAUCUUUAAUUCUAAGAGUAGGUGAAAAAUCUACGUCUUCCUUGGAAAGCAAUUUGGAAGGACUUGCUUCGGUUUUGGAAGCUGACCUUGGACUAUUUCGUAGUAAAAUACUUCGCAUUUUAACAGAUUGUGCUAUUAAAAUGCCGGAAAAAUGUACUAUUUAUACAACUUUAGUUGGAUUAUUAAAUGCAAAGAAUUUUAAUUUUGGUGGUGAAUUUGUUGAUUAUAUGGUAAAGAAUUUCAAAGAUGCUUUGAAGUCAUGCAAGUGGGAUGUAGCAAGAUAUUCGCUCAGGUUCCUUGCAGAUUUAGUAAAUUGUCACGUUUUGUCAUGUGGUUCAUUAAUGCAGUUAUUUGAUAAUAUGCUAGAUGCUGCGAAUGAAGAUAGUGUACCACAAGUAAGACGCGAUUGGUACGUCUUUGCUGCUUUAUCAACAUUACCAUGGGUCGGAAGAGAACUUUAUGAGAAAAAAGAACAAGAAUUGGAUCAUUUAAUGGUAACCAUAGAAAUAUUUUUAAAUAAGCGUAACAAGAAACAUCAGCCAGCAUUAAGAGUUUGGUCAAGUGACACGCCUCAUCCCCAAGAGGAAUACUUGGAUUGUUUAUGGGCACAAGUAAGAAAACUUAGACAAGACAAUUGGGCAGAAAAACAUAUUCCUAGACCAUAUCUUGCUUUUGACUCUAUUUUGUGUGAAGCAUUACAACACAAUUUGCCUGCAAUAAUACCUCCUCCGCACCAUGAAAAUUGUACCUAUCCAUUGCCUACUGCUGUUUUUCGUAUGUUUGAUUAUACAGAUUGUCCUGCUGAAGGACCUGUAUUACCUGGAAGCCAUGCUAUUGAGAGAUUUCUUAUAGAGGAACAUUUACGUCAGAUUAUUAAUAAUUAUUUUUUCGAAAGGAAAGAUUGUGCUGCACAAUUAUUAAAUUUUCCAUACAAAGCCAAAAUUCCUUUGGACUAUUGUAUAGUGGAAGUAAUAUUUGGAGAAUUAUUUAGAUUGCCAACACCAAAACAUCUAGAAAUUUGUUAUGGAUCAAUUUUGAUAGAACUUUGUAAACUACAACCUUCAACAAUGCCACAAGUAUUGGCCCAAGCAACAGAAAUUCUGUUUCGUCGAAUAGACAGUAUGGCAGCUACUGCUUUCGAUCGUUUUGUUUGGUGGUUUGCAUAUCACUUAAGUAAUUUUCAAUUCCGAUGGUCUUGGGAAGAUUGGGAUUCUUGUUUACAACGUGAUCCGGAGCAUCCAAGACCAAAAUUUAUUAGAGAAGUAUUGCUAAAAGCUUUGCGGUUAUCAUAUUAUCAAAGAAUUCGAGAUAUGAUGCCAGAAUCAUAUACCGAAUUGAUACCUGCAUUACCAGAACCUGUAUAUAAAUAUUCAUCAGAAGGAGCAAGCUCUCUACCUGGUACCGCUGCAGCACAUGAACUAGUUGUAUCUAUAAGACGUAAAUGUACACCUGAAGAAGUUUUGAAUGUUCUAAAUACUUUGCCAGGACCUAAGGAUCAUGAAGAAACAAAUAAUUUUAAUCCAUUAAAAAUUGAUGUUUUUGUUCAAACUUUACUUAAUCUUGGUUCCAAAAGUUUUAGUCAUAGUUUUGCAGCUAUAGGAAAGUUUCAUUAUGUCUUUAAAGUACUUGCAGAAACAGAAGAAGCUGAAAUAUGUAUAUUAAGAAAUAUGUAUGCAUUAUGGAAGAACCAUUAUCAAAUGAUCGUAGUAUUAACAGAUAAGUUCUUAAAAACUGGCAUAAUAGAAUGUAGUGCUAUUGCAAAUUGGAUAUUUUCCAAAGAAAUGGCAUCAGAAUUUACAAAACUUUAUAUUUGGGAAAUUUUGCACUUAACAAUAAGGAAAAAGAAUAAACAUGUUAUCAAACUAACUACAGAAUUAACAGAAGCAAGAGAAAAAUUGAGAAGGGCUGAAAGCAGAUCUGGUUCUUCAUCGGAGGAUGAUGACACUAAUAAGGACCGUAAUAGAGAGAAACCAUCAGAAGAUGUUGUAGAAAGAAUGGAGGAAAAACUAGAAGCAGCCCAAGCAAAUCAGAAAAAUUUGUUCCUCAUCAUAUUUCAACGAUUUAUAAUGAUUCUUUCUGAGCAUUUAGUAAGAUGUGAUACAGAUGGUAUUGAUUAUAAUACUCAUUGGUACAAAUGGACCAUAGGACGACUACAACAAGUUUUCUUGACUCAUCAUGAACAAGUACAGAAAUAUUCAUCAACUUUAGAAACUUUAUUAUUCACCCCAGAUUUGGAUCCUCAUAUUUUAGAUGUAUUUCAUCAAUUUGUAUCUUUAAGAGCAUAAAGUAUAUAAUUAUAACUGUAUCAAAGGAAAUCAUGUAAGUGACUUAAAUCGUGUAAUGACUUAAAAGUAUCAUGACUAUUUUGUUUCAAACAAAUGUCAUUGGAUAAAAGACCAUAUUUAUUAAAUUCAUAAGUAUACUGUGAUUAUACGCAGUAAUAUAAAAAAAGUCUGCUUUAUCACUUCUAAUUAUAAUGAUAAUAUUAAUGAUAUAGAAAAAAUAACAAGGUAAAUAUGUUGCUUAAAUGUAGUGCAUUUAUGUACAAGUACUUAUAAGUAUGGGCACUAGUAUUAGCAAGAAUGAAAUGUUGUUUGAUUAAUAUAUAACUAUGGAGAUUCAUAUAAUAUUCUGUGAAUUCUACUAAAGUUAUGAGAUACCAAACAUAUAUAUGUUUCUAAAACUGUAAAUUCUAUAAUUAUUUUAUAUUUAAAGUAUCUUAAAUACAUGCUUGAUUCUGCUGUAA